ACCCCCACCCCACCCCCCCCACUGUCUCCUCUUUGGGGGGUGCCUUGCUUCCAUAACUGCCAAAAUCAAACCCACAAAAACAAUCAUAUGGAAUUCACGAAGGCUAUCCAUUCCUCUCCCACCAAGUCAUCGUAUUAAUCGAAACCUCUGCAAAAAUCGAAUCUAUUAUUAUUUUUAUUAUGUCCGUUGCAGAUUACUGCAAGAAAAUGAAUCGCCGGCGGCUGCCGGAGCCGGCGGUCGGAAUUAUUGGCCUGACUUUGUGCCUAAUCCUUUGCUUCUAUGUGGUCAAUUACGGCGGCCUCAGGAGGCUCGUCGGAAUUGAUUUUCCCGGCAGCGGCGAUGAGAAAAUUGAUUUUCCCGGCGGCGGCGGCGGCGGGGAGGAGUGUGACGUGUUCGACGGCGAUUGGGUGUGGGAUGAGAAGUACCCUUUGUAUGAAUCUCGAAAUUGCAGAUUUUUAGACGAAGGUUUCAGAUGCUCUGAAAAUGGAAGACCCGAUUCUUAUUACACUAAGUGGAGAUGGCAGCCCAAACGUUGUAAUCUUCCCAGAUUCGAUGGGAAAAUGAUGCUUGAGAAGAUGAGGAACAAACGGAUUGUGUUCGCCGGAGAUUCCAUCGGAAGAAACCAAUGGGAAUCUCUGUUAUGCAUGUUGGCCGGCUCCGGCGCCGGCGACGAAGAGAUAUAUGAAGUGCACGGAAAUCCGAUCACUAAGCAUAAAGGGUUCUUGGUUUUCAAAUUUGCGCGCUACAAUACGACGGUCGAAUACUACCGUGCGCCGUUUCUCGUGCUACAAAGCCGGCCGCCGGCGAAUUCGCCGUCGGGGAUUAGAACUACGCUCAAGCUCGAUCAGAUGGAUUGGACGUCGCGGCGGUGGAAGGAUGCCGACGUGCUCGUUUUGAACACCGGACAUUGGUGGAAUCGGGAGAAGACUAUUCGCCUAGGUUGUUACUUUCAAGAAAGGCGGAGUGUGGAGACGGAGAUGAGCGUCGAUGGUGCGUACCGUAAGGCAUUGGAUACGGUGCUUGGAUGGAUACGUCGGGAAGUUAAUACUUCUCACACGCAAGUAGUCUUCCGAACAUACGCUCCGGUUCACUUUAGGGGCGGCGAUUGGAGCUCCGGCGGAACGUGCCAUCUUGAGACUCUCCCGGACACCGGCUCAUCAUUAGUGCCGGCUCACACGUGGGAUAAGUACAACAUUUUCGUGCAAGUUUUAUCGUCGCAUCAUAACACGUCGAAUUUGGACGUGCUCGACAUAACGCACCUUACGUCGAGAAGACGAGACGGGCACUCGUCGUUGUACUAUUUGGGCGCGGGAGUCGGCCUGGCGCCUCGCCACCGGCAGGACUGCAGCCAUUGGUGCCUUCCCGGCGUCCCCGAUACGUGGAACGAGCUACUCUAUGCUGUCGUAUUAAAUCGAGAGGCUCGGAAAAUGUCGAAUUCGACGGGAUUUCGAGCUCAUGUAUGAUUGAUGGGUAUAGCCGUUGCAAGUGUACAUAGUUCAGGUUAGGACAA